AUGUCCCUCCCCCAGAACCUCCACCCCGACCCCAUUCCCACCAACACGGCCUGCGAGCUCGCAGACUCGCUCAACCAUGCGCGCGCCAUUGUGCGCUCCGCGCUCGCCGACGAGCCGCACGAGAGCGUCUUCCCGGAGGAAUACGCGCGCUUCAUGCCGCACCAGGAGUGGGAGCACUUGCUCCGCAUGGAGAAGAUGGCGAUACGGGAGGAGGGAGAGCUCACUGCAAAGACCUACAACACGCUCUACAUCUUCGCCAAGGCCGUGAUCGCCGAGGGCCCCGCCCGCCUCCGCCGCCAGAACGACCAGAGGGAGGAGCUGAUCCGGCAGCAGGAGCUGGUGGAGGAGCAGCUGCAGGCUGAGCUGGACGCGAAGCGGGAGAUAGAGCGGCUAGAUGCGCAGAGGAGGGAAGUGGAGGCGCAGAUAGCGGCUAUAGCGGUUGCUGCUGCUGCUCAGGAGGGCGCUCGUGCCGCUGCUGCUGCUACCGCAGCUGAGACGGCUAAGAACGAGGGCAAGGGCAAGGGCAAAAAGAGGAACAAGCGUGGCCGUGCCGCCGCGUGGAGGGAGAAGAAGAUGAGGGAGAAGAAGGACGGUGCUGGAGGUGCCGGAGGCGCUGGCGCUGCUGGUGCUGCCAGCGCUGGUAGGGUCGCGGCUGGAUGA